CAGUACUCCAGCUCCCCUUCUGUGCCCUCCUCACGCCCCCAAUUGCACUCCUCUGGGCAAGCACCAUCCUGAAACGGCCAACCCCAAUGUCGGAAUCCAAGCAGAAGGGCAAAUCCACCGUGCCCAGCGGCGACGACAACAAAGUCAGAGCCGUUGACCCCGCUCCGACUGACGCAGAACCCCGUGCGACGAGCGACAAACCCAGCGAGGAUAUGACGAAGAAGACAAUACAAGGUAAGAAUGCUACGGAAGGGCCAUCGGACGGCAAGCCGUCCGUAGCAAAGAUGACGAUGAAAGAGGCCAAGGCGUUGCUGGAGAUGAAUCCGGCGCUGAAGAGCGAGAUGGCUGGCUUGGACGGCGACAAGGCCGUGGAAGCGAUGCAGAAAAUGAGCAUCGCGGAUCUUCUGACGGGUCUCUCUGCUAGUGGGAAGAAUCAGAAGGAUAUGGCAUCGUAUAAGUUCUGGCAGACGCAGCCUGUGACUCGGUUUGAUGAGCAGUCCCAGGUUGCUGAAGACGGUCCCAUUAAGAUCAUCGAUCCGACAAAGGUGUCAAAGGAGCCAGAUGCAUUGCUGGAUGGGUUUGAGUGGACGACGCUCGAUUUGACAGAUGAGAAGGAGCUCCGGGAGCUAUGGGAUUUGUUGACAUACCACUAUGUUGAGGAUGAUGAUGCCAUGUUCCGGUUCAGAUACUCGGAGUCUUUUCUUCACUGGGCUCUCAUGUCUCCCGGUUGGCAAAAGCAAUGGCACGUCGGUGUUCGCGCCAGCAAGUCUCGCAAACUCGUUGCUUCCAUCACCGGUGUUCCCACGGAGCUCAACGUGCGAGGUCAACAGCUGAAGGUCAUCGAGAUCAACUUUCUCUGUAUCCACAAGAAACUACGGUCUAAGCGAUUAACGCCUGUUCUCAUCAAGGAGAUCACCCGUCGCUGCUACCUCAGCGGUAUCUACCAGGCCAUCUACACAGCGGGCAUCGUCCUACCAACACCCGUCAGCUCAUGUCGCUUCUACCACCGCCCGCUGGAUUGGCUGAAACUAUACGAGGUUGGCUUCUCGCCCCUACCCCAUGGUUCUACCAAGGCUCGCCAGAUCACCAAGAAUCGUCUUCCGUCUAGCACGUCGACACCUGGUCUCCGGCCCAUGGAAGUCAAGGAUGUCGACGCCGUCCACAAUCUGCUAAAACGCUACCUGGAACGCUUUAAUCUGAACCAAGCUUUCACGAGGGAUGAGGUUGAGCACUGGCUGGUGCACAAGGACCAGCCAGGAAGCGAGCAGGUAGUUUGGUCGUACGUGGUGGAAGAUGCGGAAACGCACAAGAUCACAGACUUUUUCUCGUUCUACAAUCUUGAAUCCACAGUCAUUCAGCACCCGAAGUACGACGCGAUUCGCGCGGCAUAUCUGUAUUAUUACGCUACGGAAACUGCAUUCGCCGAAAAGGAGAAGGGGUUGAAGGAACGGCUCUUGAUGCUGAUGAACGACGCCCUUAUUCUGGCCAAGCUGGUAUGGCCCAUCUGACACCCCUCCCCAGUAACGAUAUAAGAGUUCUAGAAGCUAACAUCGUUGGUCUGCAGGCCAACUUUGACGUCUUCAACGCGCUCACCCUUCUCGACAACCCCCUGUUUCUUGAACAAUUGAAAUUCGGAGCUGGAGAUGGUCAGCUACAUUACUACUUGUUCAACUACCGUACUUCUCCCAUUGCCGGCGGGGUGAACGAGAAGAAUCUGCCGGACGAGAAGAAGAGAGGAGGUGUUGGUAUGGUUAUGCUGUAAAUGCCGUGGAUUUGAAUAUGCUGCUGGUUCUUGGAGCUGCUGGAUAUGAUCGAAGUCCAGUACUUGUCUGGUAAUACCCGGAGAGAGACAUGCGUGUGUCUCACUUCUGCGUGAGUCCUUCUGUAUUCUAGCAAUUUGCAAAAGCAUUGAAAGGUAGAAUUUCGACAGCGUUGGAUUCAGCAAU